UGGGGUGGGGCUUCUACAGGUGUUUUAAAGCUUGAAGGAGGGCAAACAUUUAUAAAAGCCAGUCACAGACAGAAGAUUACCAGUAAUUUGUGUGAAAAUUCAUUGCAUCUCUGAAGACUAAAGACAAAGUACCAGUGUACAUUUACAUCUACAGAUUUCAAAAUGCCUCCUCCAGCAGUUCCACAUGGCAUGUGCCUAAAAGUCAUGGAUGACCGCAACAUGAGGGGUGGCAUGGGCUCUGAAACAAAUCCUUUGAAGUUCAUGAAUCAGGACUACAACACUUUACAAGAGUACUGUCUCAAGAAAGGUCUGAGAUUUGUGGAUGAGUUUUUCCCACCAGACCCUCGUUCCAUUGGCGAAGGGCUGCUGGAUCCGGAAGACAUGGCACGAGUGGAGUGGAUAAGACCAACGAUAUUGUGUCCAAAUGCAGCUGAAUUUAUUGUAGAGUCAGUGUCUAGGUUUGACUACUCCCAAGGGCGAGUAGGAAACUGCUGGUUUCUGGCCUCUGUUGGGGCUUUAACAUUUCAAAGCAAAUUUUUACAAAAGGUCAUGCCAGACGGACAAUCAUUCAGCCGCAAUUAUACUGGUUUAUUUCACUUCAGGUUCUGGCGUUUUGGAAAUUGGUAUGAUGUUGUGAUUGAUGACAAACUGCCAAUAAUUGACAAAAAGCUGAUUUUUGUGCAAUCAAAAACAUAUAAUGAGUUCUGGCCAGCCUUGAUGGAGAAAGCGUAUGCCAAGUUGUGCGGCUCCUACGCUGACAUGCAUGCUGGUCGAGUAUCUGAGGCCCUCAUGGACUUCACCGGUGGGGUUCAUAUUCACUACGAUCUGAAAACGGCUCCAACUGAUUUGUGGGAGAUAAUGUACCGUGCUUUCCAGUCAGAAGUCCUUAUGGGUUGUGAAACUCCACGAGGGAAAAAGAGUGAGGAAGAGUUACCAAAUGGUAUAAUUCUGGGCCAUGCUUACACUGUGACAAACGUUUACCAGGUCAUGAGUGGUAGAUAUCCUGUUAAACUGGUGAGAUUGUUCAACCCAUGGGGAGAAAAAGAGUGGAAUGGAGACUGGAGUGACAGAUCACCCUUGUGGAACACAGUGAGUAAUGAGGACCGCAAACAACAUCUUCUGGACGAUAAUGGAGAGUUCUGGAUGUCAAUGGAAGAUUUCCUUAGAACAUUUGACAACAUUGAUAUCUGCUGUUCCUGUCCUGAUUUUCUGGAAGGAAAGUCUGCAUCUCGCUGGACUUCCAAGUAUCACAAUGGCAGCUGGGUUGUUGGGAGUACAGCUGGAGGCUGCAUAAAAAAUCAAGACACCUUUUGUACCAACCCCCAGUUUUGGCUGAAGGUUAAUGAGAUGGAUAAGGCCUGUGAGCAGGGCCAGAGCAAUGUUCUGGUGUCCCUCAUACAGAAACCUGACAAGAGAAACAGACGCCUUGCUGCACACCAUGGCAUCGGCUUCUGCGUGUAUGCGGUUCCACCUGAGAUGAGAUCUGAGGGAAAGUUGGGAUCAAUCUUUUUCAAACACAGAAACCCUGUGGCAACAAGUGGGGACUUUCAGAUUGCAAGACAGGUGAUGAGCUUCUUCAGGCUGGAACCAGGACAGUAUGUCAUUGUACCAUCCACUUUCUACCCCAAUGAGCACGGAGAAUUCAUCCUGUCCAUUCUGUGCAAAAAUGAGAUCCACAUUCAAAAGGACACAGAAAGGACCGAGAAAAAUUUUCUUGUGGAUCUUUUAGGCGAGUCUGAGCCUGAAUACAAUGAACAAAUGGAUGAAGCAUUGAACAAUAAAUCUCUGCUUCGACAAUAUUCUGAUCAGCCUGGAUACAAUGCACAAAUGGAUGAAUUGAGCAAUAAAACUCUGUUUCGACAAUAUUCUGAUCAGUACAAGGUUGUUGAUGCUGAGAAACUUCAACAGAUUCUUCAUGAAAACCUGCUUAAAGGGAAUAAAAAUACUGAAGGAUUUGGCCUGGAUUCCUGCAGAAGUAUAAUUGCCAUGUCAGAUUUCUCUGUCAGUGGAAGACUUCGUGGAACAGAGUUUCUUCGCCUGUGGAACCGCAUAUUGACGUACAAGAACAUCUUCUACACCAUGGAUUCUUCCAAAGAUGGCGUACUGUCUUUCAGCGAACUGCAAAACGCAUUCAAUAAAACAGGCAUGCAUCUAAAUGAAGACAUCCUGAAUCUCAUGUUUGUGCGGUAUGGUGGUGCUUCAGAACAGAUUUCUCUGGAGGGUUUCAUUUGCCUUGUCAUGCGUUUGAACUGCAUGGCUAGUAUAUUCCAAAGACUCUGUGAAAAUGGGAAGAUAACUCUUACUGAGAGUGAGUGGUUAGGACUCACCAUGUAUUCAUGAGGGAAAGUCUGCUUGCCAGGAGGUUUGCCAACAGAUGCUUUUCUUCGUCCUUUUAUCCCUCUAAGAAUUAAAAUGCUUAUCUUUUUUCUUAAAAUGAUCAUUUGAUAUACAAAUUUCACAUCAAAUUGUGUAAUCAUUGUUAUAACUGUUUAAUAACUGAAAAGUAUUUCAUGUAAUGUAUGUAUUUCUCAUUGUAAACACUUGGAAUCACUGUUAGUGAAAAGAAAUGCUUUCAAUCUGCUAUUUUUAAUUAGCUUAUUUUUCAAAUGGUCAGAAAGAUUCUAAAGUAAUAAUAUUUCUCAACACAACAUCUUAUAAGGGGCCUCUAGGUCUAUGAUACUUGGAGAGAUCUAUCUAUUAGCAGUCACAUUCAUAGUCAUACAUCUAAAGGACAGUUGCUUUGGCUCCUACAGGGUUGUGAGAUGCUGACAUGCCAGGGCAGAGUGUUUUGGUGUCAGUUUAGGAGCAUUGCUUGUCUGAUAUCAGCCACACUGAUAAGGACAUGUAAAGGUCUAUAUUCCAUUUUUAGAUACAAUCUAAUUGAUUUUUAAAACACAUUGUACUAAUGAAUACUAAUGAAUUUAAUUACUGCCUGUAGUAUGUAAUGUAUGCAAAAUUAAGUAGCCUAUUUUGCAUGCAUAUUUACUGUGAGAUGGUGUACGAUUCACUUUUGCCUCGUAUAACCAGAUGAAUAUGUAUUUUUUUUGUCUCCUGACACUCCACAAAAGAUGAUUUUUUGAUUUCUUCAUAUAUAUAUAUAUAUAUUUUUUUUUUUUCCUGGGAAAGAUAACUCUUGAUGAGAGUGAGGUUAUCUGAUAUAAACAUUUUAAUAAAGAUUUUUGCUUGA